CAGGGACUCCACCGCGCUAUGACCAGCCAAGGAGAAGGAGAACCAGAGAAGAAACUGAUCCUGGCGAAAGACCCAACCAUAUGCAAUUGCGACCACCGUGUUUGUUUCGACCUCCAGCCUGGGCCCCGAAAGCCGCGCCCGCGCCGCCCGCCUCCUCGGCCGUCCGCAGGCGGGCCCCCCAAGCGGGGCGACCGCUGCGCGGAGGGCGGGAGGGGUCGCCCUCGCCCACCGAGGCGAAGGGGGGCGGCCGGCGAGGAGGACGGCGGCGGCUCACCCAACUCGGGCCCCCCAAGCGGGGCGACCGCUGCGCGGAGGACGGAAGGGGUCGCCCUCGCCCGCCGAGGCGACGGGCCGGCCGGCGAGGAGGAUGGCGGCGGCUCCCGCAAAUCCUCGGCGCUGGCGCCAGCAGCAGGCGCCUCCGCCGCGCGGCGGCCAGCAGCAGGUAGCGCAGCCGCGCCGCCGCCGCGGCGGCGCGUCAGCCCAGGAGUCGUCGAAGCCGCCGUCGUCCGCCGCCUCGAUGCCGUCGAGCGCCAUCGGCGCGACCUCCCCAAGCUCAGCGUCCUCCGCCUCCUCCCCGCGCUCCAGCCUCGACGACCAGCGACCCGCGCGCGUCGGCUGCGGCGCCGCUCGCGCUUCGCCUCCGACGCCGCCCCGCGACCUUGCCGGCCGUCGGCGCCGUGCUCUUCAGCCCCAGUAGCAGCAGCCCCAACGGGCAGCGGGCGCGCAACGGCCGCGGCCGCUGCGGCGACGGCCGCCCACAUGACUGCACCGAGGGAACACCGAGGCGCACCGGCGCCGUGCGCCGCCCGCACGGCCGCAUACACCAGGACGGCGACAUCGGCGGCGAUGAUGGCUCCUCUAGGCGCCGCCGUCGUUGGACCUGGCCCCACGAUGGCACCCCCGACGACGACGACUGUCGUGCAAUCGCUUGAGCCAAAAUGCU